AGACGGUCCCUUGGCCGCGGGCACCUGCGUGGCAAAGCGCAGCCGCUCAGUCCGCGUGGACGCCACAUCCCAUCGUGGACGCUUUCCACGGCGGCGCCCACAGACUCUCGUGCCCCUGGCCUGAACCCCAUGCACUGCUUGUAACGCCUGACGGUGCGUGAUUAGUGUCCUCGAUGGCAGUUCAGCAGCCUCCAUCUUCUCCGUGACAAUCCCACGAAGAGACAGAUGACCGGCGUGUAGGACUCUCGCAGCAGCAGAGGAGCUGGCAGUAAAUGAAAGGCCGUCGUCAUCACCAUGCCCCCGGGGAAGUAUGGGAUGCAGGAGGAGUGGGAGCGGGAGGGCGAGCAAGGCAUCAGGAUGGACUUCCUGUUGCCCACUGGCAUCUACCUCACAUUUUCAGUGUCUCACAAGGACACCAUCAAGAGCAUCAAGAUGAUGGUUUGGGAAAAUGCCAGAGGGGAGGCGCUAUUCACGGCGCUGGGUCAUCCAGACUCAUACGUCUUCACCUGCAUCAAGCAGACAGGCGAAAGGGAGGAGCUGGAGGAGGAGUCGAGGCGUAUAAGUGAUGUGCAGCCUUUCAUGGGUGUUUUGAGACUGGUGGCCAGGGAGGGUGACCGUGUCGAGAAACUCGCCAACAGCCAAAUCAGCUUUUUGAUUGGCAAAGGUCUGCAUGAGUUUGAGGCCCAGAAGAACCACGAAGUGAGUGAAUUUCGGACCAAGAUACGAGCGUUCUGUGAGGAGAAGGCUCAGCGGCGGCAAGCAUCACCAUGGCAACAGUGGAUGGCAUACAUGUUCCCAUGUGACCUGGAGCCAUGCUGCUCUCUGGCAAUGUGUGGCAAGUCACAAAACACCAAGAUCUUUAUCAACAUCAAGUUUGAGGCUUGUGAUGAAAGCUUCAUGGUGCAGCAGGAGCCAAAGGACCUGCCGCUGGCUCUGAUGAGGAGCGCCCUGAAGAAGAAGGCCACCGUCUUCCGAUCGCUGCGCCAACAACCAGAGGACUACACCUUACAGGUCAAUGGUAGAUGGGAGUUCAUCUAUGGGAGACACCCGCUGUGCCAGUUUAAAUACAUUUUCUCCUGUUUGAGUACUGGCCAAAACCCUCAUCUCACCAUGAUGCACCACUCCACCAUCAGCAAGUAUCAAGAGGAGCACGAGCGGAUGUGUAGUCACGUGUGCAAGAGUCGCUCCUUGUCCAGACCUCCUCCUCUGCCUCUCAAGAAGCAGAAUACCUCCUCUUUGUGGUCCAUCCAUGAGCCGUUCUGCAUCCACCUGCUGCAAGGAAGCCGAGUCAAUGCAGAUGAAGGAAUGAAGCUUGUGGUGCAAGCUGGCCUCUUCCAUGGCAGUGAGCUGCUCUGUAAGGUGGUGACCAGCUCCGAGGUGGCGGUGUGCUCCGAGCCACUAUGGGACCAAAAGGUGGAGUUCGAUAUCAGCGUGGCUGACCUGCCUCGCAUGAGCCGCCUGUGCUUCGCUCUCUAUGCUGUCUUCGACAAGGCCAAGAAGCCCAGAGGCACCAAAAAGAAGAAUAAGAAAGCAGAUUGUCCAAUAGCCUGGGGGAACAUCAUGGUGUUUGACUACAAGGACCAGCUAAAGAGUGGCGAGUUUCUAUUGUCCACAUGGCCAUCUGUUCCUGAUGACAAAAGUGACCUGUUGAACCCGAUGGGAACAGUUGAGAAGAAUCCCAACGUUGACAGUGCAGCUGGACUUCUCAUUCGCUUCCCGAACAUCCGACCACAUCCGCUCUAUUAUCCUCCGCUUGACAAGAUAGGUGCUAUGGAAACAAAUGGUGAUGCAACUGUGGCAACAAAAGAAGAGAACAUGAAGCUGAAAGAAAUAAUGGACAAUAAAAACUACACAGAGUUCUUCGAGGAUGAGAAGGAGCUGUUGUGGAAACUUCGCACGGAGGUCCGGGACCAUUAUCCUGAAAGUCUUUCCAAGCUGCUCCUCAUCACCAAGUGGAAUAAGAGAGAGGAUGUCAUCCAGAUGGUGAGUCUUUUGAGGAACUGGCCGGAGCUCCCUGCUAUCCCAGCCUUGGAGCUCUUAGAUUACAGUUUUCCAGACCCGGCGGUUCGUUCUUUCACCAUCAGAUGCCUCAGAAAGCUCAGUGAUGAUGAGCUGCUGCAGUAUUUAAUCCAGCUGGUCCAGGUCCUCAAAUACGAGUCUUAUCUAGACUGCGACCUCACAACGUUCCUGCUCGAGCGGGCUAUAUUCAACAGGAGGAUCGGGCACUAUCUCUUUUGGCAUCUCAGGUCAGAGAUCCACGUCCCAUCUGUCAGCUUAAGGUUUGGCCUGAUUCUUGAGGCCUAUUGCAGGGGUAACAUCCACCACAUCAAACUUUUAACAAAACAGAACGAGGCUCAAGGCAAAAUGAAGGUACUCAGUGACUCUGUCAAAUCAGGCCCCCAGAAGAUGAAUGCUGAGGACCUGAAGCUGUGCAUCAGACAGGAGUCGGACGCUUUGUCCAACCUGCUGUCACCACUUAACCCCAGCGUCAUCCUCACUGAAAUCUGUGCAGACAAGUGCAGAUUCAUGGACUCGAAGAUGAAACCACUCUGGUUGAUGUAUAAGAGUCCUUGGACUCAAGGAGACAUGGUGGGCAUCAUCUUCAAGAAUGGGGAUGAUCUUCGACAAGACAUGUUGACCCUCCAGAUGAUCCAGCUCAUGGAGAAUUUGUGGAAAAAAGAAGGACUGGAUCUCAGAAUGAUCCCAUAUGGGUGCUUGUCCACUGGGAACAAGAUGGGUUUCAUUGAGGUGGUGAGGAACUCGGAUACCAUCGCCAAUAUCCAGCGAAAUAACAGCAACAGUGCCGCCACUGCUGCCUUUAAUAAAGAUGCCCUGCUGAACUGGCUCAAAUCCAAGAAUCCAGAGGACAAACUUGAACAAGCAAUCGAGGAGUUCACGCUGUCUUGUGCUGGCUACUGUGUAGCUACUUACAUCUUGGGCAUUGGUGACCGUCACAAUGACAAUAUUAUGAUCAGGGAAACUGGACAGCUCUUUCACAUUGACUUUGGACAUUUCCUGGGCAACUUCAAGCGCAAACUGGGCAUCAACAGGGAACGUGUACCUUUUAUUUUGACAUACGACUUCGUCCAUGUGAUCCAACAAGGACGAACAAACAACAGUGAGAAGUUUGAGAGGUUCAGGGAAUACUGCGAGCGGGCAUAUAAGAUUCUGUGUCGGAAUGGGACACUCUUUGUCAACCUCUUUGCGAUGAUGAAGGCAGCUGGACUGCCCGAACUCUCUUCCUUCAAGGACAUUCAGUACCUAAAGGACUCUUUAUCUUUGGGCAAAUCAGAGGAAGAGGCACUGAAGAAUUUCAAAGUGAAGUUCAACGAGGCUCUGCGAGAAAGCUGGAAGACUAAGGUCAACUGGAUGAUGCACUCUCUGGCCAAAGAUAACAGACCAUAAAGGAUACCAAGCAGAACUAGAAUUACAAUGUAAUGGACAGAAAAGACAAAAGAACACAAUCGGACAUCUGUUUCUACCAAUGACAUUUGACGAUUGUUUACAAGUGAUUGCCUCAUUAGUAAGGAGUAAUAGGUAACCAAAGACAAUGGAAUAAUUAUGAAGCCCGAGACUAGUGUUGGUAUGAAAUAUAAAUUCACCACAGCAUUGCACUAUACAACAAAAAAAACUACAUUAAUUGGUCAGAUACUGUAUGAUUUCUUUGUGUUUUAUCUAAUGUUGAAUAUUGUACAAAAAUGGAUUUUUAAAGGCGUUUUCAAGAUACUGUAUAUCUGUUCAGGUUGCCUUUGCUGGGCUAGUAGUUGGGAACGAUUGUUUAGAUGCGUCAUCCAGGACCGAGGCCUUUAGUUUAUGUUAGUUAAAUUGUGUUGCACCAUAUAAAAUUCUAAAUGUGUUUAUUAUUAGGAUUUUUCAUUCUUAGAUGCUAAGGACAGAUGUUAGAUUGCCAGUUGUAAAUGAGGUGACACAUGCUUGAGUGCACAGCAACCAAACACUGUACUCUCACACAUCAUUUCAUCAAAUAUAGAUGUUUGAAACCAAUGAGUAAAUGUUUAAUA